AUUUCUGAUUUCACACGGCAACUUCCCCCACUUUUUUUUAAUUUCUUAGUUUCUUUCUCUAUCUUUUUUUUCGUAAAGCUGGGACCAUGAUGAUCCCAAGUGUCAUUGCACCCCCGGCCUUCUACCCGGGGCUGUACCGGCCCACCGCGGCACUGCCGCUCCACCAGACUCUACCAUCCGCUUUUCCGAACCACUCCGGCUUCCUAGUAGAGGAUCUGCUCCGCAUAAGCCGCCCAGCCGCAUUCAUAAACCGGACUGUCCCACCAGCCAGUACCUCUUUGCCCAACGUUACCACUACGUUAUCUUUUAGUGGCUCAUCCGUGGAGCGCGCGCUGGCCACUACCGCGGUGACGCGCGAAUCGUGCUCACCGAAAACUUCAGUGACGAGCAGCAAGGACCCAAGUUUUCUCAAGUUUGGAGUUAGCGCCAUCCUCGCACCAUCACCAAAAACUGCGUCUUCACCCCCUGCAGCCCAUAGCCUGCACUCCAAGACCUUCCCUGUUCCCUGCUUCGAGGGAGCUUUCCACCCCAUAUUCAGGACACCUUAUUUACCAGCAUCUUCCUCCGUUGUUCCCAUCCCCGGGACCUUUUCUUGGCCCCUGGCCACCAGAGGGAAACCCCGCAGAGGGAUGCUGAGGAGGGCCGUGUUUUCCGACGUUCAGCGCAAAGCCCUAGAGAAAAUGUUCCAGAAACAGAAAUACAUCAGCAAGCCUGACAGAAAGAAACUGGCUUCUAAACUGGGCCUCAAAGACUCACAGGUGAAAAUCUGGUUUCAGAACCGACGAAUGAAGUGGAGGAACUCAAAAGAACGCGAGCUGCUGUCAUCUGGUGGAUGCCGGGAGCAAACUCUGCCCACCAAAGCCAACCCGCACCCGGAUCUCAGCGACGUGUGCAAAAAGUCCUCAGCCGAGGAUGAAGCGGAGGAGGAAGAGGAGGAAGAGAGAAUGAGGGCGGCAGGGUCCAGCCUCUCUUCUCCCUCCCUCUCCAGUAAGCACUCGGACUUCUCAGAGUCAGACGAAGAAGAAAUAACCGUAUCUUAAUUUAUUUUAAAAAGCCAAUAUGGACUUGUAACCCGCCAUUUGUUUUAAUGAAACUGUGAACAGAUUUGUAAGAAGCUGCUGCCCGAAACAUCAAACCACAAAUGUCUCUUUAUAGCUUCAUUGGUGCACGUGCGCGCUGGACAGGAUCUACUUCCAAGACACAGUUUGCUGUUUUGCACAGCUUUGUAUAAUUGUACAGUGUUUUGUACAAUUUUGUAUGGAGAUUUUAAGCCAAGAAUAUUAAGUUACUUUUUUGGUUUGACAGUAGUCGUUUAUUGAAAUUGUAGCAGUUUUGUUAAUAAUUUAUAUUUGUUUAAUAAGUAUUUUGUAUUAUGUGCUGUAUAUAUGUUUCACUUUUUUUUGUAUAAACACCAAAUAAAAUUGUAAAUGA